UAUCUGGAGCUCCGUGGCCAGUGUCUGCGCAGUCGGGAACGGGGAAAGACGCGCACGGAGAGAAGAGGAGAACAAGAGGACUUAUACAACUAUAACUGCGCUUUUCUUUGGAGAAACGGACCCUUGGAUAGGUGCUGAAGUUUUCCACAGAGAUGAGUUUAUACGGAUCACAGACCAGACUAAACCAGAUGAGCCGCAGAUCCAACUCGCGGCCCGAUCUGACCACUGUAGGCUACAGUUUACCCCGGACUGAUGGAGGCCAGAUGUUCAUGAGUGGAAAUGGAUUCCAGUCUGAAUACAAUGAUGGCUAUACGCAGACAUUUACAAACACUUUCUCCAGAAACUCACUGGGAGGAGGAGGAGGAGGAGGAGGAGGACAGAGCAUGUCAUCCAUGUCUGUUCACAAAAUAUCUCAAGUGCUUCACAGUGACUGUUUAAGCUUCCUGCAGAGAGCUCAGCACAUCCUAGAGAAUCUGGGACCAGCAUCUGAAGUGGACAAAAACUUGCACAUGGCAGAGGAAGCUAUAGAACAGCUCAAGAAGUGUACUAUGGACUUAAGGAACGCUGGUCAGCCCAUUGACAUGGUCCUCAGAAGUCUAGAAGAAUGUAACAGCAUAUAUGCAGAAAUCCGAAGCUCCAUCACGGGCACCACUCUGAGGAGGAUCAGCAACACCACCAGCUGGGAAGACCCCAGCAACCGAAGCACCAUCAUGGGCACCACUCUGAGGAGGACCAACAACACCACCAGCUGGGAAGACUCCAGCAAGAGCUUCCAAGAGGCAAUCGCAUGGAUCAACCAGAAAAAGCGGCUUAUUGAGACCGCACCCUUCGGUGAAGAUUCAGAGACGAUAAGCCAACAAAUCAUGAAUCACAACAUGUUCCACAGUUCAAUUCAUAGAAGCCCGGAGGUGGAUAGAGUGCGAGAUGAGCUGCUGCAGAAUGGAGAAAAGGCAAGACUUCAUGCCCUCGACCAAGAAUGGGACAGUUUACAGAAAAUGUCCCAUGCACGAACAGCUCAGCUGCGAGACCUGCAGAACAUCAUUGAGGAGAUCUCGAGAGCCAUCAUGUGGGUUAAUGACAGAGAGGAAGAGGAGCUAGUGUUUGACUGGGGCGAUAAAAACAUUGACAUAUACAUCCCCAAAAAACAAGAAAGCUACUCAAAAAUGAUGAGUGAGCUGGAGGAGAAAGAGAAAGAGCUUAAUAAACUGAAGACAAAGGUGGACAACCUCCUGAAGAGCCAUCACCCAGCCUCGGAUAAAAUAGAGGCUUACAUGGACACAUUGCAAACCCAGUGGAGCUGGUUACUGCAGAUCACCAAAUGCAUUGAUGUUCACCUUAAGGAGAAUGCUGCUUACAGCCAAUUCUUCAAGGAGGCCAAUGAGACUUAUACCAGGCUGCAGAGGGACCAUGAUAGCAUCCGUAAGAAGUACACCUGUGACAAGAACAUGCCUCUGGAGAACCUCACAGAAAUGCUCAAAAAUCUGGAGAAAGAGAAAGAGAGGAUCAUUGAGAGUAAGAGGCAGGUACAGACACUGGUCAGCAAGUCCAAGAACAUUGUGUGUCUGAAGCCUCGUAACCCAGAGGAGAAGAGCAGCAGUCCGGUAAUGGUGCAAGCUUUGUGUGACUUCAAACAGGAUCAGAAGGGCAUAAUGAAAGGAAAUAAAGCUAUUCUGAAAGACAACUUGCAGCGCAGUAAGUGGCAAGUGACUGGACCUGGAGGACUGGACAUGCUCAUACCAUCAGUGUGCCUCAUUAUACCACCACCUAACCCUCUGAGCAUCAGCCUCGCCAAGAAGAACGAGCAGUACUUUGAAGCCAUCAUGUCCAUCUGGAGUCAGCUGUACAUUAACAUCAAGAGUCUUAUCUCCUGGCAAUACUGCAUGAAGGACAUUCAACACAUCAACUCCCUUACACUCUCCAUGCUGUCACAAAUGCGCCCUGAGGAGUAUCGUAACAUCAUUAAGAGUCUUGAGCUCCAUUACCAAGAGUUUAUGCGCAACAGUCACGGCUCUGAGAUGUUUCGAGAUGAAGACAAGAGAAAGAUGGAGCAACAAUACUCGGGAGCACAAACGCAUUAUGACCAGCUGGUGAUCCAACUGCCCACCUACAGGGAGAAUGGGGUGAAAGUUGAUGUUGUGAAGCAGGUGAAGGGGGAGAAUGAUGGAAAGAAGGUGGUCGGCUCAAGUCUGAACAUUGGGUUCUUGUCAGACCUGAGCACUCUCAGACGCAGACUAGAGAUAUCAGAGACAGGCUUGAUUCAGAAUCUCCAUGUUCCUCUGAAGGAGAACAGCGUACAGGAGUGCUCCCAAAGACUUGUGCUGCUGCAGAGUGUGCAUCGGGAUCUGGACACCAUACAGGACGAGUACCUGCGUCUAAGAGAGAAGAUUUUGAGAGAGCUGGAGGGCAGCACCAACGCAGAGCAGAGCAAGUUCCUUCGCACAGAACUGGACUACGUUAACCAGAAACUGGGCAGCCUGCAAGGCUUCUCAGCAGCUUAUAUCCAAAGACUGACGGCUCUUCAAGCUCUGCUGCAGAGCCUCCUGCAGGCUGAGGACGUCAUUAAAGUCCACGAGGCUCGUCUUACAGAGAAAGAAACCUCUUCUCUUGAUCUGGAUGAAGUGGAGAGGUACCGCAUGACUCUCAAGAACAUGAAAGCAGAACUUGAGAUGAAGAAAGGAGUUUUGAAGACUAUGGAGUCUGAGCUGUCCAAGGCUGUACACUGGAAUGGUCAGAUAGACCAGUCUUUCCAUCAGUGCGAUGUUGACCUGUCCAAAUACGCAGAACUCGUUGGACAAAUGACAGACCGGUGGCGACGAAUUGUGACCCAGAUCGACAGCAGGACAUGGGACCUAGAAAAACAGGAGAAACAGCUGAAUCACUACAAGCAGAUGAGCUCCAUGAUGAACAAAUGGAUUCAGGAGACACGUCAGCGCCAAGAUGCCCUCCAGAUCACUAAAUUCAGCAGUAUGGAUAACUUAAUGGACCACCUCAAUCAACAAAAAGCACUGUAUUCUGAGAUAAAGGGAAAGAAGGAAAAAGUGGAUGACGUGGUCAGAGACUCUGACACAUGUGCUGCCUCCAUAAAGGAUUAUGAGCUCCAGUUGGCUUCCUACAGUGCAGGUUUGGAGACUCUGCUCAACAUUCCCAUCAAGAAGACUAUGCUUCAGUCUCCAGCCACUGAACUGAGGCAGGAGGCAAUGGAGUUGCAGUCACGCUACAUAGAGCUCUUGACACGCUCAAGUGACUACUACAAGUUCCUUGGGGAAAUGCUGAAAAACAUGGAGGAGUUAAAGAUGCGUAACACCAAAAUUGACCUGUUGGAGGAGGAGUUGAGGCGCCUAAAGGAUGACCUUAAAGAUCAAACCCACAAGAACAAAUCAAUGGAGGACAGUCUGACACGCUAUCGGCUGGAGCUGACCAAAUCUAAAGAGGAACUUAUAUCGAUGGAGGAGGUGAAGAGAACCCAGGCUAGGCAGUGCAAUGCUACCCAGGAAAGCCUGGACAGCACCCAGAAUCAUCUUAAGAGCUUACAAGAUGAGGUGUCUCGCCUCUCAUUUCUCAUUGAGGAUGAGAAACGCAAACGGAGGUUGGCUGAGGAGCGAUACACCAACCAGCAGGAGGAGUAUGAGCUUGCUGUCCGCAAGAGACAGAAAGAACUGGAAGAGCUCAACAUGUCCAAAAGUGAAUUCGAAAGAGCCAUCAAAGACAAAGAGCGAGAGAUUGAACGGCUGAAAUUACAGCUCCAGGAUGAGACCUCCCGGCGUUGUGCAGCAGAGUCAGAGACCUCAAAGGUAAGAUCCCAGUUGACCCAGGACAUUAAUAGCCUUAAGCAAACUUAUGAAUCUGAGAUCCACAUCACCAAGACCAGUGUGCUCAUGGCAACACAGCAGAAGGAGGAGCAUUCAGCAACUCUAAAACUCCAGUUGGACAGGCUGACUUCUGAGAAAAGAGACCUGGAAGAAGAACUUAGAAAGCUGCAGCUCUCUUUCAGCCGCACAGAAGAAGCAAAGAGGAAAGCAGAAGAGGAAGUACAUCAGCAGAGGUCUUCAGCAUCAGAGGGUAGCCGGUGCAAAAGGGAAUUGGAGUCACAGAUUCAGAUUAUGAUACAUCAAAGAGAAGAGAUUGACACAAGACACAAGGUAGAACUGGCAGAGGCCAACAAAGUUGCUCAGGAAAAGGUCCAUAAGAUUACCUUGUUAACACAGGACCUUCAAGAUGAGACCAGGAGAAGAAAAGCCUUGGAGGUUGAGAACCAAAGCCUCAGACAAUCUCAAGCUGAACUGCUUACUAAGCACACUUCCACCACAGAGGUCAUUAACAAGCUUAAGAUCUCAGAGCAAGAAAUGCUCAUCCUAAAGCGAGAGAUGGAGAAGCAAACAAACGAGAAGAGCAAGUUGGAACAGAAUACCACCAGACUGCAGAGUCGCAUCAGUGAACUGCAGUCAAUGGUGAAUGGGUUGCAGGCUGAACUGGAAAAAGAGAAGAGGAAUAACCAGGAUGAGCUCACAAGAAGAAAGAGGUUAGAAACAGAGCUGGAAAGGGUGAAUCAGAUGUGCCGUGAAUAUACCACUACUAUCAACACUCUACGGGUCCAUCAAGAGCAGGAAAGUACUUCUGGACGCAAGUAUGAGCAGGAGCUUCGCAGUCUAAAAGAUGAGCUGGAGAGAAGCCAAAAGGAAUAUAAAGUCAUGGUAGAGAAUCUGACCAGGGUAAAUGCAGAAUUGAAGGCUUUACAGCAGCAGCUUUUAAAGGAACAGGCUCGUGUCCGUGAGGCCAAUCAACGGAAUGACUCUCUCUGUAAGACUAUAGAAGAAAAAAGUCGCAUGUUAAAUGAGAGCACCAGUGAGAUUGAAAAGCUGCAGAGCCUCACUCAGAAUCUUACCAAAGAACGUCUGCGGCUUGAGGAGGAACUAAGGACCAUGCGAUUGCAGCGGGAUGACUUAAAAAGAAGCCUGAGCACUAUUGAGAGUGAAAGUGCAUCCCGAUUGUCAGCCAUUCAGUUCCAGUUACAAACCAGCAAUAACAGGGCACUGGAACUGCAAGAACUAAUCAAUGAACUGACUCAAGAAAGGGAAAGUUUAAGGGUGGAAAUUGCCCAAAUCCAAAAGCAGUUCUCGGAGACAUCCAUGAUGACCCAGCGGUCUGAGACCCACUACAAAGAGAUUGUGCAAGAGAGAGACAUUCUCUUAAGCAAACUGAAACUGUUGGAACAGGACAAAGGUAAGCAGCAGUACUAUGAAGAGGAGCUCAGACGCAUCAAAAUCUCACUGGAAUCUGAGUUGAAACAGAAGCAACGCCUCCAGGAUGAAAUUGACAAAAUUAACAAGGAUUUCAAGUACUGGAAAAGCCAAUAUGAGUCAAAAGAAGGGCAGAUCAGACAGAGCGAGUUAGAUAGAGACAAAGCAGAGCGAGACAGGGCCUCCUUGCAGAGCGAGAUACAGAGAUUGACUGCUGAGCUUAGGAGUGUGGAAGAACGCUACCAGAGUCGUCUUCACAGCUCAGAGAGGGAAAUAUCAGAGCUCUCUCGGAAGAGGGAAGCUUUGGAAAUUGAACUGAGGAGGUUGCAACAGCGUCCUGUUACAUGCUGUAAGCAUACACAGAUUGAUGAGGUUUCUAAAACUGUCUGUGAUGGUGGUUACCAGAAAGUGAGAGUGCAAGGUCUACGUGGUGAGGUCUCACUUACAGAGCUUGUGGAUUCCAACUUGCUUACUCAAACAGAUUUGGAUAAAAUAAACCAAGGAAAACUAACAGGCAAGGAUAUUGAGGACAGGCUCAAAUCGUACCUAGGUGGUUCUUCUUGCAUCGCUGGUAUAUAUGAUGAGGCCAACAACAGGGUCCUGCCCUUUUACCAGGCCAUGAAAGAAGGUCUGAUUCGACGGGGAACCACACUGGAGCUCCUGGAGGCCCAGGCUGCCUCUGGUUUCAUAAUCGAUCCAGUCAAUAAUGUUUGCAUGACAGUGGAAGAAGCGUGGAGGAGGGCUUUUGUGGGAACGGAGUUUAAAGACAAACUGCUCUCUGCUGAGAAGGCUGUCACGGGAUAUAAAGAUCCAGCAACAGGAAGGAUCAUCUCCCUCUUUCAAGCUAUUGAGAAAGAGGUGAUUGAGAGGGGUCAUGGAAUUAGACUGCUAGAGUCUCAGAUAGCCAGUGGUGGCAUCAUUGACCCAAAAGGGAGCCAUCGUAUUGAUGUGGAAGUGGCUUACAAGAAAGGUUACUUUGACCGUGAAAUGAAUGAGAUUUUGACAUAUGAGGGUGAUGACACCAAAGGUUUUUUUGACCCCAACACCCAUGAAAACCUCACUUAUCUACAACUGAAGAAAAGGUGCAUCACAGAUCCUAAGACGGGGCUCAUCCUUUUGCCUUUGAAGGACAAGAAGAAGCCGCAACAAACUACAACUCAAAAGAACACUCUCCGCAAGAGGAGAGUGGUGAUUGUAGAUCCUGACACAGGGAAAGAGAUGACUGUACGGGAAGCAUACCAUCGAGAGUUAAUUGACUAUGACACUUUUCUGGAACUUUCUGAACAAGAGUGUGAGUGGGAGGAGAUCACUGUCUCAGCAUCUGAUGGCAGCAAACGCGUAGUUGUUGUUGAUCGCAAGACUGGAAAUCAGUAUGAUAUUCAAGAUUCCCUAGACAGGGGUGUUAUUGAUAAACAAAGCCUUGACAAGUACCGUGCAGGGACUCUGACACUCACUCAAUUCGCAGAUUUGAUCACCAGUAAAAGCAAUAGCUCUGAGCUUGCCAUCUGCUCCAGCAGUCCUGAGGAUGUUGCUACUUGCAGUAGUCCCACACAGGUUGCACCAUCAUCUCCAACCGUCCGCAAGCGUUUCGCUAGUGUAUCUAUCACACUCUCCCCUCCGUCUGAUAUUUUUGAUGACCAGAGCCCUGUUGGAGCCAUUUUUGAUACAGAGACCCUAGAGAAGAUAACCAUCCCUGAAGCCCAACGACGUGGAAUUGUGGACAAUAUCACCGCUCAGCGGCUCUUGGAAGCCCAGAUUUGCACUGGAGGUAUUAUAAAUCCUGCCACUGGCCAGAGACUCUCUCUGACAGAUGCUGUACGGCAGAGCAUCAUUGAUGAAGACAUGGCUGUCAAGCUAAAACCAGCACAGAAGGCUUACACAGGUUUCGAGGACGUCAAGACCAAGAGGAAACUGUCUGCUGCUGAAGCCAUAAAGGAAAAAUGGCUGCCUUAUGAGGCAGGGCAGAGGUUUCUGGAGUUUCAGUACCUGACGGGAGGACUCUUAGAGCCAGAAACUGGUCGGCGGGUGACCAUUGAGGAAGCCAUCCGCAAAGGAUGGCUCGAUGGCAAAGGGGCACAAAAGCUGCAGGAUACGAGAAACUACAUUAAGAACCUUACCUGUCCUAAAACCAAACUAAAAAUCUCAUACAAAGAGGCAAUGGACAACUGCAUGGUGGAGGAGAACAAUGGCAUGAAGAUGCUCCAGGCAACUUCUAUGUCUACAAAGGGCAUCAGCAGCCCCUACAAUGUGUCCUCAGGCCCAGGCUCUCGCACAGGAUCCAGAGCAGGGUCUCGUACUGGCUCAAGAAGCGGCUCACGCAGAGGCAGUGUUGACUACUCCUCUUCAACUACUUACAGCUACAUCACAUCUUAGUUACACAUUUAGCUGUAAUGCCUAUGCUUAGUAUAUACAAUACACAUUUAAAAAUGAGCUUCUAGUCAUAAUUUUUCAAGUAUGGGUUUGGGAUAUAGAAUAUAGAUUGAUUUAUUUCAAACAGAUUGUUUUUUACUUGCUAAUUAAUGCUUAUACAUUUUCUUGGGUACCUUAUAAGAUGGUUUUCAGAUUAUUAAUGUGAUAAUUAUACUUAUUUGUGAUUUACACAAAGCAAAUUUUAAAUGGCAUUUAGCAUACUGUCAUCAUUCCUUAUUUGAUGUAUUUGGUGUAACCGUUUUCAUAUAUUUGUUUUGGAAUGUUUUGUUUGAAACAUCUCACUUGCAUUGUAUCAACAUGUAGUUACAAAUUAAUACAUAGAAAUUUGAUUUUCUUUUUUUUUUUUUUUUUAUUUGUGAUAUGCUUUUAAUGGAUUAAUAUUUGAUCUGAUUGUUUUUAUAUGGAGUAAUCUAAACAAUAAAUCAGCUUAUCAAAAUUUAAAGCACUGUCCUCUCUGUCAAUUAGUAUGAGGAUUAUUAAAUAUUCUAGUUUCAAAGUUGCGAGACUAGACAUGGGACUGUAAAGAAUGAAGUGGAAAAGGUCAAGAGGUGGAUGGGGUGGACACUUAGAAGUUAUGUUCAGAUGACCAAACCUCCAAGCAGAGCUAAUCAAGAAGAAAAUUCUAAUCCUACUGAGCCUAAACCAUUAUAUUUUCAUCCCUCUUGGUUGGAAAUUAAAGUCUGUUUCAAACUUUUUGAGCACAAUCAUAAAGAAUCCAUGAAAAUUUUUAGGAGGAAAGAUUCCAUUCAGUCCAGAUGCAAAUCAUUUAGACUGCUAAAAUCAACCUUUUGUUAAAUUAAAUCUUUCACUUUUAUUGAGGGGGAAAAAAUCUGUUGUCCAAACCAGAGCUGCCCCAGCUCAUUUUGUACUUAUCACUAAGCACUAGUUAGUUUGGAGUAUGACACAUCUUCAGCAUCUUCAGUCAGAUCAUUCAUAAAAAUUUAUGCACCCCCAGAUCAUCACCGAUCCUCCACCUGGUCGUCUAAUGGUUAGACGGAGACCUUGAGAGGCCUUCCAGCCACAGUGUCUCGCACCCACUGUGAAGUUUGGUGGAGGAUCGGUGAUGAUCUAGGGGUGCUUCAGCAAGGCUGGAAUCGGGCUGAUUCGUCUUUGUGAAGGACGCAUGAAUCAAGCCACGUACAAGGUUAUCCUGGAAGAAAACUUGUUCCUUCUGCUCUGACAAUGUUCCCCAACUCUGAGGAUUGUUUUUUCAGCAUGACAUUGCUCCAUGCCAAGUCAAUCAAGGUGUGGAUGGAGGACCACCGGAUCAAGACCCUGUCAUGGCCAGCCCAAUCUCCAGACCUGAACCCCAUUGAAAACCUCUGGAAUGUGAUCAAGAGGAAGAUGGAUGGCCACCAGCCAUCAAACAAAGCCGAGCUGCUUGAAUUUUUGCACCAGGAGUGGCAUAAAGUCACCCAGCAGCAAUGUGAAAGACUGGCAGAGAGCAUGACAAGAUGCAUGAAAGCUGUGAUUGAAAAUCAGGGUAAUUCCACCAAAUAUUGAUUUCUGAACUCUUCCUAAGUUAAAACAUCAGUAUUGUGUUGUUUAAAAAUGAAUAUGAACUUGUUUUCUUUGCAUUAUUCGAGGUCUGAAUACAUGCCAUCUUUUUUGUUAUUUUGACCAGUUGUCAUUUUCUGCAAAUAAAUGCUCUAAAUGACUAUAUUUGUAUAUGGAAUUUGGGAGAAAUGUUGUCAGUACUUAAUCAAAUAAAACAAAAAUGUUAAUUUUACUCAAACACAUACAGUGCAUCCGGAAAGUAUUCACAGCGCUUCACUUUUUCCACAUUUUGUUAUGUUACAGCCUUAUUCCAAAAUGGAUUAAAUUCAUUAUUUUCCUCAAUUCUACAAACAAUACCCCAUAAUGACAACGUGAAAGAAGUUUUUGAAAUCUUUGCAAAUUUAUAAAAAAAGAAAAAAAAGAAAACAAAACAUGUACAUAAGUAUUCACAGCCUUUGCUCAAUACUUAGUUGAAGCACCUUUGGCACCAAUUACAGCCUCAAGUCUUUUUGAGUAUGAUGCUUCAAGCUUGGCACAUCUAUUUUUGGGCAGUUUCUCCCAUUCUUCUUUGCAGGACCUCUCAAGCUCCAUCAGGUUGGAUGGGGAGCGUCGGUGCACAGCCAUUUUCAGAUCUCUCCAGAGAUGUUCAAUUGGGUUAAAGUCUGGGCUCUGGCUGGGCCACUCAAGGACAUUCACAGAGUUGUCCUGGAGCCACUCCUUUGUUAUCUUGGCUGUGUGCUUAGGUUCAUCUUCCAACAGGACAAUGACCCUUCAUCCCAGUCUGAGGUCCAGAGCGCUCUGGAGCAGGUUUUCAUCAAGGAUGUCUCUGUACAUUGCUGCAUUCAUCUUUCCCUCGAUCCUGACUAGUCUCCCAGUUCCUGCCACUGAAAAACAUCCCCACAGCAUGAUGCUGUCACCACCAUGCUUCACUGUAGGGAUGGUAUUGGCCAGGUGAUGAGCGGUGCCUGGUUUCCUCCAGACAUGAUGCUUGCCAUUCAGGCCAAAGAGUUCAAUCUUUGUUUCUCAUGGUCUGAGAGUCCUUCAGGUGCCUUUUGGCAAACACCAGGCGGGCUGUCAUGUGCCUUUUACUGAGGAGUGGCUUCCGUCUGGCCACUCUACCAUACAGGCCUGAUUGGUGGAGUGCUGCAGAGAUGGUUGUUCUUCUGGAAGGUUCUCCUCUCUCCACAGAGAAAUGCUGGAGCUCUGUCAGAGUGACCAUCGGGUUCUUGGUCACCUCCCUGACUAAGGCCCUUCUCCCCCGAUCGCUCAGUUUGGCCAGGCGGCCAGCUCUAGGAAGAGUCCUGGUGGUUCCAAACUUCUUCCAUUUACGGAUGAUGGAGGCCACUGUGCUCAUUGGGACCGUCAAUGCUGCAGAAAUUUUUCUGUACCUUCUCCAGAUCUGUGCCUCGAUACAAUCCUCUCUCGGAGGUCUAUAGACAAUUUCUUGGACUUCGUGGCUUGGUUUGUACUCUGACAUGCACUGUUAACUGUGGGACCUUAUAUAGACAGGUGUGUGCCUUUCCAAAUCAUGUCCAAUCAACUGAAUUUACCACAGGUGGACUCCAGUCAAGUUGUAGAAACAUCUCAAGGAUGAUCAGUGGAAACAGGAUGCACCUGAGCUCAAUUUUGUGUGUCAUGGC